UCCAACUGUCAGAGAAUCUUCUUCCCUGCAGGAACAAAGACCAAGGAUGGAGGGACCCAGGGCCACCUCCAUCGCCAACCCAAGUCCUUCUGCUUUUUGGAAUAUAUCUUUUUGAUGGUCAAUCUUAACCCGUGUUUUUCUCAGGGUUUCCUACCCAAAAAGCUGAUGCCCAGAGGAAAGAACCAUGUAGUACGGAAGAAAGGUGUACUUCUUAUCCUUCUCUAAGCAGAACUAUAUUUGUGAUUCUGCUACCGUCUUAACAAUGCAGCCAAGGAUGCAUAUCCAAGAACGUGGUGCCCUGCACAACGAAGUCUCAAGCUUAUUGUUCCGGUAUCAGUUUUUCACCAGGAUCUUUUCCUGUGUGGGCUUGUUUCUUUUGUUCACCACGUUAUUCUCUCCAUUCUGGCUUACAGUCAUCCAGUCUAAAACUCCCAUCAAUGUGGGUCUCUGGAACAUUUGCAAGGACCACACCUGCCAGAAACUUGUUGCGAAAACAAAAAGCCUUCAUUUGAUCAGAAGUUUAAUGUCACUCAGCACAAUCUCUGGAUUAAUAGCAGUUGCUUGCGUGCUCAUUACCAAGCCCAGCUUAAAGAACUCCAAUUGGCCUCUCUUCACCAACCUUUUUACAGGAAUCUUAGCACUAAUCACGAUGGUGUUGUACGGCCUGUCCCUUAAAUUCAAAACACUUUUCGGUCAUCCUGUUCCGGAUACUACUGAACCAAUUUACAUCUCCUGGUGCUUUGUCAUGGGUUGUUUUGCUAGCUUCCUUUUCCUACUGAAUGGACUCCUUUUCAUACUGAUAGCAAUUGAGGAAGACUCUACCACCCAUUUUUACAUCCGGGAGAGGAAGAAUUUGGAUGAGACAACAUAAGAUUCAAGAAUGUGGACACACGGGACUGAGAGUGCACUGGCACCAAUGUACACUGAAGUAAUAUAAAAUAGAAAUAAAGACAAUGGAGGAAAGGGGAAAGGAAAGGGAAUAGAGGAGAUAAAGUGAGGAUUAAAAAAUAACAAAAUGCA